CGUCGCGACGCGCAUCAUCUAAGAACAACCUUUCUGUCGAAAUAAUUCGCCCGUUUACCAACUACAAAGACAACAGGUAAUACUCUUCUCAAGCAAUUCAGCAUGAUUUACUCGUUUGUUUCAUGAAAUGUACUAUUCAUGAAUAUGUGUACAUAACGCUGAAGAAAUUCCACACUUAAGAUGCGUAAUUCAAUCGCAUUUCCUUGCAUCGAAAGCACACUACCAGCAUUGUGUUUAAUUUGAAAGACAUAAUCCCAUUUUUCUAUGCACCCAAUCCUUUUCGAGUUCCCUUAUGUACGACGGAACUCAUAAAUUGCUGUUCCAGCUGCUUUUCACGGACAACAACGUUCUUGUCAUUUUUCUCAACAACAGUAGUCGUAUCCACGUUUUUUAUCCCCAUCAUUUUCAAAAACUUGGCCUUACGAGAAUUACCACCUUGCAGAGCAGAUGACAACCAGUAUUCCUUGUUACCUGAAGCAGAAACGGCAGAGACUUCCUUCUCAGGUUCGACUUCUUUUGUUUUGCUGUGUUUGGCAUGCUUCUCAUGAGAGGAUGACUUUGCAUGGGAUGAACUCUUGUCUUUCAUGGCUUUUUGUUCCAAUCUUUCAUUUGUUAAUAAUGUCUCCACUCGUGGAUAAACAGUGUCAACGUACUUGAACUUCUUUACACGAUGCUUCAGCUUUUUGUAGGCUUUUAAUUCGUCCUUGGCUACUCAUUAGCAUUGAACAGCACCAAACAGUUUCUUUUCAUUACGUACACAAUUUUUUCUUCUCCUUGGAAGAAAGCUUACGGAAUGUCUCUACCGACGUGCCCCAAAUGGGCUUUUUUUCGUCCUUAGACGUCAGUUUUGCCUUUUUUGAAGAGCCCAUAGGAAUUGCGUGGGGAUUGGUAGACGAUAGGAAAACGAGCAAGGGAAAAGUCAUUCAGUCCAUAACCAUCAAAAAAGGAUUUCUGCACCCAAAUCAGUUUUCUGGAGACGCACUGCUCUCACAAUUGCUUUGUGUCUCCAUUUUCGCUAUCGGAACAGAGGAAUUUGCUGCGUCUGCGUUUUCAAUUGUUUCAUCCAAAGGUGUUGUUUUUGAUUUCAGUGUACUCUCAUUAUCCGAAAUUUCCUCAUGUUGUUCCACUUGUUUCUCUCGCUGUACUUCGUGUUCCUUUUCUAGAUGCUGUUCCGGCGGUAUCAGUGGUACCGUCGAAGAAGUACUAUCACUUGCACUGCUGACCGUUUCCGGUUUCGUGAAGUCGCUAGGCGCCUGAUCUUGUAUUUUAGUUGCUUGUGUGAUUGCUGCAGGCUCCGCUUUUGCAUUCGCAGUUUCUUCAUUGGCUUUCGUCGGCUUUUCUUCCGCCUCAAUACUUGUCUUGCCUUCUCUUUGUUGUUUUAGUUCUUCUCUGAGAGCAAGAAUCAUGCUGUUACGGCUGUGGAUAAGCAUGUUUAAUAUCUCCAAUGUUUUUUUUGAGUAAUCUGCGGAAACAAUAGGAUCUUUUCCAAGCAUUUUCCUAAGCAGAUUGACCGUUUUGUCCUUCGUGAGUAACUGUCGCUGUUUCUGAGUCAAAACUUGACGGGUUUGUUGCGGUAAGCCGUUUUCGCUACCUAAAGGUUUUACAUCUUUCAUCAUUGCUGCCAUCCGUUUUGCUUGUAGAUCCUUUCUAUACUUCGUUAUGGCAUUUCUAGCCGUAUUCCGAAUAUGCUGAAACCGAACGGGACCUAACAAUUGGCCUCCAAACCAUCGUAUACACACGACCAAGCCAUAUACAUGCUCCUCACGCAGUACCUUGAGUAAGUUUGUGCCUGACCAGUCUUCUCCAUCGUCGUUGAAUCCUUCUUCUUCAGCUGAUAGCCGCCAUGCCUGCAUUUUGUGAUUGCAGUGUCGAAAAUCACUUGACUCUUGGAACAUUAGUCGAUACACCGGUAACAUUUUCGCGUCUGUGCAUGGAAUAAAGCAACUUACAAACGUGGAGUUGCGAUCCGUGAUGAAAUUAGACAUGUGAGAACAUUGUUGCAGAGAUUGUUUAGGGGUCGAAAGUAUAAUUCCCUUGUUCGUAAAGUUCAAUUGGGAUUGUUUCAAUCCACUCAUGAAUGUGUUUUUUGCUUGCGGCCUCCCUGUGUGAUGGAUAUGGCUCUAUUUCGCUGGCUAUUAUUUCUGCGUCUUACGCAGCCGAAAUAUGCCAGGAAACAGAAUUUAAGUAUUAAUGACCUGGAAUUUUGACGAAACCGCUAUAAAAAACUCAAAAAAAACGAGUUUUUGAUUGUUUGUGUGUCUCUUUGUCCACAGGAGGGGUUUCUGAACACUCAUCCUCUUAUUUAAGACCAAGAUCCAAAAAAGUGACAAACAUCCAGUUUUUGAAUGACAAUGGCUUCAAAAGAUACUUUGACGAAGUUGUUACCUCGAUUACGAGCACUUUCAAAGGACGGACGUAAGACACAUGCGUUUCCUUUUCUUCCAGUAGUUGGUAGGAUUCAAGAAGUCAAGAGUAUCUUCCAGCGUGGAUUGUACGGCGGCUCUUCUACUUAUUACGGCAAAAAUGUUCCUGACAAAGGUCCGAAAACUUUACGCACUUGGGAGGUGAACGCACAUACGAAGAGACUAUGGUCAGAUGCGUUGCAAAUGCAUUUUCGACUCAAUGUUCGUGCACGAGUUUUGAAAACAAUAAAAAAAGACGGUGGUCUUGAUGAGUAUUUAUUAAAAUCUACUCCUUCCCGUUUAAAACAACUCGGUUUACGCGGGACUGAACUACGUUCUUUAGUCGCUUAUAAACUAUUUCCAGAUUGUAAUCCGGUAAUUGACAGUAUGCCCAGCGAGCCCAAGAAACAAGCUUUUUACGUGAAAACGGUCUUGCAAACAGUUAUGAAACUUAAUCGCAGCAGAAAGUUUCGUGCGAGAAUGGAAAAGCUUAUGCAAGCUAAAGAAGCCAAGUCUGCCACGAACUCGAUUUAAAUUGAACGUUUCAGCUAAAAUUGAGUAACGAACAAUUUUUUAUGACACAACCUUAAGUAUUGUAUCUUUCUGAUAUACUAAUCUUUUUAUGAGCGCUGUUU